AUGCAGACCGUCUUCCUCGCCCUCUCAGCCCUCGUUGCAGUCGUUUCAGCCCAGGUCCCUGUCAGGCUUGUUGGUGGACCACUACCUGCAAACCCUCCUCUUUGCUUGGCGGCUGCCUCCAACGCCGAUGGCGCCAGCAUCGCCCUCGCUCAAUGCAACAACCUAGGCACCACUUUCCCCAAUGGAAACCUUACCUGGGUCAUUCCUUCCCCACUUGGAACUUCUGGACAGGUCACGACAUUCAACGGGACGAAAUGCCUCGACGUUCGUGACGGUCUUACUACAAACGGGAAUCUGGUUCAAGCGUGGUCGUGCGCUACUGGGAAUACGAAUCAGUUGUGGCAAUACAAUGGAGGUUCGACCACGGUUUCUUGGGUUGGACAAAAUAAGUGCCUGGAUAUUCGAGAUGGGAACCUCGCGGCUGGGGCUCUUGUUCAGAUCUGGGAUUGCAUACCUGGUAAUACCAACCAGUUGUGGUUUGCGAGUUUACUCGGUUGA